UGCUCUUUGUUAGUUCCCUAUCAACCCCUUUUUUUGCUACCAAACUCUUGCCUUUAAAUCUUCAACUUUCUAGUUAAAUCUUCACUACCUUCUUAGAGUUUGUUUGCCAAGGUGAGAAUCGAACUCCUAACCUCCUUAUCACUCCACUCUCUAUCUCAUCCACCUCAGCCACCAAGUCAUCCUUAUAACUCUCGUGUUUUUUCCUCUUAACUAUGGAACUUGUUUGUGUUGUUGAGCUAAUGUCAGUGGCAGCUAGUCCAGCACUCCCUUUAGGGGAUCACUUGUGUGAAAAUGGAUUUGAAUGUGUUGAAAUUCUCCCUUCCACCAAUGAUGCACAUGGAGGAGUCAUUGUUGACUUGAAGGAUCCUAUGGACCCUGAAAUUUUUGCUAGUUUGCUUAAAUCUUCACUUUUACAAUGGAAGAAACAGCGAAAAGAUGGUGUAUGGAUCAAGUUACCUAUUGAACUUGUUAAUCUUGUUGAAAUUGCAGUUAAGGAGGGUUUCUGGUACCACCAUGCUGAGCCAAACUAUGUAAUGUUAGUUUACUGGAUUCCUAAAACAGGCUGCACAAUCCCUCCAAAUGCUUCUCAUCGCGUACGCAUUGCCGCCAUUGUCUUGAAUGAUAAGAAAGAGAUGCUAGUUGUAAAGGAAAAAAGAGGUAAAUUUCAUGGAAUUGGAGUUUGGAAGCCACCUACUGGAGUAGUUGAUGCAGGUGAGGAGAUUUUUGAAGCAGCUAUUAGAGAAGUAAAAGAAGAGACAGGAAUUGAUACAGAAUUUUUGGAGGUACUUGGAUUCAGACAGGAACACAAUAUAUUCUUUGGAAAAUCAGACCUAACUUUUCUUUGCAUGUUGCAUCCUCUUUCUUUUGACAUCAAAAGGCAAGAACUUGAAAUUGAGGCAGCUCAGUGGAUGCCAUUCGAAGAAUAUGCAGCACAGCCAUUUAAUCAGAAGCAUGAGUCCUUCAAGUACACAAUUGAAUUAUGCAUAGCAAAGAUGGAAAGAGUCUAUACUGGACUAUGUCCUAGGCCUGUCUCAUCAUUUUUCUCUAAGGAUUUGAGUUAUGUAUACUUGAAUACCAAAGACUUAGACAAAUCUUCUUGAGUUAGUCUUUCAUUAUAGUAUAGUUGAUUUUGAUUGAAAUUUCAGUGAAAUGACCACAUAUCAUGAUUCCUAUAUGUUAUUUGGAUUUUGAACAAGAAUUGUUAAUCUUGUUACUGAAA